AUGCUGGAAAGAGCUGAUACUGGAGCAGUGACUGGAUGGGACGAUACUAGUAUGCUCACUGUUGCUGGUGUUCGAAGACGUGACAUAACUGCCUCGGCCGUCGAAGACUUCAUCACCAAGCAAGGACCCAGCCGAAACAUCACAGCCAUGGAGUGGGGCGCAAUUUGGGCAGCGAAUAAAGCUGUCAUCAACCCCAUCGCGCCCCGCUAUACAACAGUCUCGAGCAAAGACUUGGUUAAGGUUACCGCAAUUGGGGUCGAAGCCCCCGUGAUGCCCUUCACAGCUGAUCGACUCCUGCACCCCAAGAACAAGGAUGUUAGAACCAGGAAGGUUGUGUUUGCUUCCGAAAUGCUCAUGGAUCAGGCAAGUGUGAAACUUAUGCGAACUGGAGAGGAGAUCACUCUGAUGGGCUGGGGCAAUGCCUUCAUGAAGGACAUCUCGAGUACCGAAAACGAAAAGAGUGUGAAUAUGACUGUUGAACUCAAUCUGGGCGGGGAUUUCAAGAAGACGGACAAGAAAGUCACUUAG